CUCGACUCCAUUCCGAUGGGCUUGCCAAUGUCCGACCCAGCUGCCUGGACCACUGCGAUGAACAACCUGGGGAUGGCUCCCAUGGGGAUGGCAGGACAGCCCCUCCUGCCUGAUUUUGAUCCUGCUCUUGGGAUGAUGACUGGCAUCCCUCCCAUCAACCCCAUGAUGCCAGGCUUGGGAAUAGUCCCACCUCCCAUCCCUCCGGACAUGCCUGCCGUGAAGGAGAUCAUUCACUGCAAAAGCUGCACUCUCUUCCCGCCUAACCCACACCUUCCCCCUCCAGCAACAAGAGAGAGGCCCCCGGGGUGUAAGACGGUGUUCGUUGGAGGACUGCCGGAGAACGCGACCGAGCAGAUCAUUAUGGAAGUGUUUGAACAGUGUGGGGAAGUCAUAGCUAUUCGAAAGAGCAAGAAGAAUUUCUGUCAUAUCCGCUUUGCUGAGGAGUUCAUGGUGGACAAGGCGCUUUAUCUUUCUGGCUAUCGCAUCAGGCUGGGCUCCAGCACAGACAAGAAGGAUACUGGACGCCUGCAUGUGGAUUUUGCUCAGGCUCGGGACGAUCUGUACGAGUGGGAGUGUAAGCAGCGGAUGCUGGCGAGAGAGGAGCGCCAUCGCAGGAGGCUGGAAGAGGAGCGCUUCCGCCCGCCCUCCCCGCCGCCCGUCGUCCAUUACUCUGACCACGAGUGCAGUGUUGUCGCUGAGAAACUGAAAGAUGACACCAAGUUCUCGGAAGCCAUACAGACCUUGCUGACCUGGAUAGAGCGGGGAGAAGUGAAUAGGAGGACAGCCAACAACUUCUACUCCAUGAUCCAGUCGGCCAACAGCCACAUCCGCAGGCUGGUGAAUGAGAAGGCAGCUCACGAGAAAGAGAUGGAAGAAGCUAAAGAGAAAUUCAAACUCGCUCUCUCAGGGAUUCUGGUUCAGUUCGAGCAGAUAGUGGCCGUGUACCAUUCUGCCUCCAAACAAAAGGCUUGGGACCAUUUCACGAAAGCUCAGCGUAAGAACAUCAGCGUGUGGUGCAAACAAGCAGAGGAAAUGCGUAACAUUCAUAAUGAUGAACUGAUGGGUAUUCGAAGAGAGGAGGAAAUGGAAAUGUCUGAUGAAGAAAUAGAAGAUCCAGCAGAGAUGAAAGAAACAGAAGAAUCGGCGCUGGUGUCACAGGUGGAAGCCCUGAAAGAAGAGAACGACAGUCUGCGCUGGCAGCUGGACGCCUACCGGAACGAGGUGGAACUGCUCAAGCAGGAACAGGGCAAAGCCAGCAGGGAUGAAGACACGACCAAGGAGCAGCAGAUGAAGCUUCUCCAGCAGGCUCUGCAGGGCAUGCAGAAGCAUCUUUUGAAAGUCCAAGAUGAAUACAAAAAGAGAGAAGCUGAGUUAGAAAAAGUGAGAGAAGAGAAACUGAAAAUGGAAACAUUAUUAGAAAACCUGAAGGAGCAGGAGAGCAGCACAUCCAGAGUGUGUGCGUGUAGCCAGGAGAAGGAGUGUCCGGUUGAGAAGACGUUGAGCAAUAGUCCUGUGAAAUCCGAACGAGAAGUUCUCUUGGUUGGAAUAAUUUCAACGUUUCUGCACGUGCACCCGUUUGGAGCGAGCAUCGAGUACAUCUGCUCCUACCUGCAGCGUCUGGACAGCAAGAUCUGCACCGCAGAAGUGGAAGUUCUCAUGACUCGGCUCCAGAACACGUUCAGGCAGGAGCUGAGCGGGGUUGGGGCCAGCCUAGAGAAAAGGUGGAAGUUUUGUGGCUUUGAUGGAUUGAAAAUGACUUGA